AUCCCAUCACCAAUAGGUCUGCAUAUAGACCACCCGUCCCUUCGCCACGUUGAAGAUAUGUCGGCCUCAAGUAGAGGUUGGCAUGCGCUCCGCGCCCUUUCCAGAUCUUCACCCCGAGUUUGCGCACAAUGUGCCAGGGGAAGCAUACAAACGAUCCCGCGGCGUGCCUACUCGGCAUCUGCGGCCCCGACCGUCUCGGCCGUGGAUCCUUCCGCUAGCUCGGAGCCACCAGUCAUCCCAGCGAAGCAGUCACCCCAGUACCCGAAAUCCGACUACCGCAUCCGCUCCGGCCUGAUCCUCACCCGAGCACCUCUCCUGACCCGGGACCCGACGCCCUUCGAGUCGGCCUUUUACUUGUACCAGAAGCGGCUGAACGAGCGUCUCGUGUCGCCCUUCAUCUCAUCCAUGUGGUUCAAGCAGGACACGCCGCCGCAGCUGGACUGGAACCUCAAGCUCGAUGAGCGCAAGGGUAUUUGGGCCAAGGACGUCGGCCACUAUAAGCCCCGAGGCUCGACCCGCUGGGCUGACGAGGUGCACCAGGGCUCGCCCCUCGCCGACCCGGAACUGAUCCGGGAGCGCCUCCUUGAGGACGCACAGAUGCGGUACAGUGAUGACGGUGAGCUGCUGCCCGAGAAGGAGAGGCUGCCGGUCGAGAAGCCCCAGCCGAGGCGGUCAGAGGCGGACGAGAAGAAUGACUUGAGGAGGCUGGACCGGGCGAUGGAUCGCACGCUCUACCUCGUGGUGAAGAAGGGUGAUGGGUGGGCUUUCCCUGCGAGCGAGGUUCGCACUGAGGAGAACCUGCAUGAGGCUGCUGCACGUGUGCUCGAGCAAGCCGCUGGUGUCAACAUGAACACUUGGAUGGUGGGACGUGUACCGGUCGCGCAUCACGUGGUCAAGCCCAAGUACAAGCAAGACUCUACUCUGGAGAGCAAGGGCUCAAAGACAUUCCUGCUCAAGGGUAGGAUCUUUGCGGGACAGGCCGACAUCAAAAACAACGCUUUGGGAGUCACCGACUUCAUGUGGUUGACUCAGGAUGAGCUGAAGAAGCAUUUCGACGCUGAUUACUUUAUGAGCAUAAAGAACAUGUUCUCGAUGCGCUAGAGAAAGGGGCGCAGUUCAACUCAUUCAUCAUUUAGAAGAUGGACCUCUUGGCGGAUGGCCUUCAGCCAACAAACAUGUACCAUACUUGUUUUUUCGUAUGUAUAUUGGUAGUAGAUUAUGUAUGAACAGAUUCCAUCCAUGGAUAGAUGUUGAAUGUAAACGUCCUCCGUAAGGCAUUUUCAUUCAUUUAGACAUUAUGGCCUCAUUCAUACUCGUCCACCAAAACACCAACAAUCCCAACUAAUUUACACA